UAGCAAAGGUCGAUGUCUAAAUAAAAAGUUUGUCAUUCAUCUUAUUCUCUCCUAUUCUGAAUUCCAGCUAAGCCUCUAGAUUCAAGCUGGGACAGAAUAAGAUCAACUAAAAAAAAUGUUAAAAUAAUUCUUCGACUUUCUUCAGACACGAGCUUGCCACUUAUGAGCUAUAAUACCCGCACUGCUCCCCAUCCCCCAACUCCCACUUCCCGUCCUAAGACCUUCAUUAAGUCUCUUUUUAAUCUGACUCGCAUGCGUUUCCAUGACGAGGUUCAAGCAGAUGAAUUAUUUCACUCUUACAACGCUAAUUUUGUUUGAUUUUCAAAAACAGACGUCCAUAGAAGCUUUUAUUGUUUUUCUUUAAUAUGCAUAUUAAAGUCCCUUUUCGAAACCCACUCACUUCAAUCUUAUCAACAGAUUAGCCCGUCAAUCAAAAUAUUGACCUGUGCCACGCUUGGCGGCCCGGUUGGUACCUCGCAGCGCUUUCGUCCUCUAACGGGACGAGAAUAAACAAGAUAUGGGAAGCGUUUGUUGAUCUUUUGACGGUAUUUGUCCGAGAAUCGUUUGGUGCUCUCUUCCUUAAAUUAUUUUUUAUUUUACAAGUCAAACUACUUUCUUGACACCAUGACCUGCAAUGCGUCUGUGACGAAUUCAUGCGGACCAGGAGGUGUCUGCACUGGGACCGCGAAUGCAAGUUCUUGUUUCUGCAGUGCAGGCUAUGUUUUUAACGAUGCCGGGCUUUGUGAGGAGCCAAAAAUACCUAUGGCCUAUUCAGCGGUGGCAUCUUUUUGUUGGCUGUGCUUUCUUCUUGUUUUGGGGAAGUUCCUUCGCCUGUACGUAUGGAUCUUCCAGAAGCUUUACCUACCUGCCUCCGUCAUUGGCGGGAUUCUGGGUUUGAUUGUACUGCAAGUAGCCAGCCUCAACAAAGAUGUUUCUAAAUUUAUCGCAUUAAAUUUCACCAGAGGAUGGUACAACCUGGCAGGAUUCCUCAUCAAUAUUGUGUUCUCAUCAUUGUUUCUUGGUACCCAGAUUCCUAAUGUGGCAGUGAUAUGGAAGCAGGCAGGACCACAGCUUAUGUAUGGCAUGCUUAUUGCCUGGGGACAAUGGAUUGUCGCACUUGUUGUGACUGGUGCUCUGUUGAUUCCUGCUUUUGGUGUCAGUCCUUUAUUCGCUACUGUUCUUCCUGUGGGGUUUGCAGGUGGUCAUGGGACUGCUGGAGGACUCACGCCAACAUACAAAGCACUUGGAUUUCCUAAUGGCGGAGACUUUGGUUUGGCCAGUGCAACUCUGGGACUUGUUUUUUCAGUCAUUUGUGGUGUAAUGUUAGUUAACAUUGCCACUCACAGGGGAUGGGUGAAGAGGGAGAGGAUUGACACAGCUCAGGAGGUCAAGAUAUCCAUUAGGGGUGUAUAUGCAGUUGGCAGUCGGCCCUCAGCUGGAGUUCAAACAGUUAGAGCAAGUUCUAUAGACGUGCUGGCAUUUCACCUGGCAGUACUGGGAAUAGCUAUGUUGAUUGGUUAUGGAUUAAAGCAGGGACUGAUUGCAAUUGAAAGCACUUCACAGAAGCUCAAGGAUCUUAACUUUCUCUCUGGCAUACCCCUGUUUCCACUGUGUAUGGCUGGAGGUAUUAUUAUUCAGCUUAUCAUUGAGAGAAUCCAGAGCAUUAAUGAAUUGAUUGAUGCAUCUCUUAUGGAAAGGAUAGCAUCCUCUUCAUUAGAUUUCCUCAUAACUUCAGCUGUGGCUACGGUAGAUGUCUCUGCUGUUGCUGUCGACAUUGCUCCUCUCCUAAUCCUGUGCGUGUGUGGUUUUAUCUGGAACUUCAUCAUGUUAGGCUGUUUGUCAAGACUUCUCUUACCCAAUCACUGGUUUGAGAGAGCAAUCGCUGACUUUGGAAUGAAUACAGGUGUGAUUGCGACAGGACUAAUUCUGUUACGUAUGGUGGAUCCCGAGAGUAGGACUCCUGUGCCUGCUGAUUUUGCCUUCAAACAGCUUCUGCACUCUCCAUUCAUGGGUGGAGGGAUCUGGACUUGCCUUGCUCUUCCUUUGCUAAGUAUCCUGAACAUCUGGGUUGUUACAAUCAUUGCAGCAGUUGUAUUCAGCUUGUGGCUUUUAAGCUUCUUCUUCUACUUUCGCAAGCGAUACACAGGGACAUGUAGCUGCAGUUUGUGCGCCAUGGAGAAGCCAGGUGUUUUAUCCCAUGAAGACAGUUAUCUGGAUAUCUCAGGAGAGAACCAUGAAAUUGAAAAUCAUCAAGAAAUGGAUGGACUUUCACUUGAAAAGCCUCAGGAUGACAUGUAAACAAGAAGUGCUAGAUAUAUUAGCUGAAAUCCACUAGUCCUGGGUAGAUGCAGCAGUUUGAGAGACUCAGAAAAAGCUAUCCAGCCCUGCUUAACUGAAUAAUGUCUGCGAGUGAGACUGGGUUGAUGAUACAGAAUGGACUCUCUAGAAUGAUAAGUAUUUGUGGGACAAUUCUACGGUCAGAAGGAUAUGGUUAUUACUAUUAUUGAGUGUGGGUUUCUGUGGUUUGUAGAUAAUUUGAUUUGUGGAUCGCGCGCG